ACAAAGAGUCUGGAUGCUAUUGAGGCGAAAAUCAAGGAUCUGCACAGUCAGUCUUCUCGCUUGUUGGGCACUUUGGCCUGCAACAAGUCCUUAGAACUUUCUCUUCUUCGGACAAAACAAAGACGUCAGAUCCAGGAAACGUACUUGGAAGAGCUGAAACAGAAAGAAUCGGCGGCAUCCAGACAGCAUGCAAAGUUACGCAUAAUAUACAAACGUCUGAAGAUGGAGAAGCAACGUUUUGAAGCUAUAAACUCUCUAUCAAUGGGUAUUGCUUCCAACUUUGACUCUUUUCUAGGACUGAUUGAAAGGGUAAGGUUUUCGUCCUUGACGACUCUGAUGUUUUUUAAAAUCCAACUUCUUGCGAACACGUAA